GAUUCUCACUUCCUAGAUGCACACUGCUAACACUGCUGCACAAUGAAAAUACUUAAUUUCCUCAGCUUGUUUUCCACAUACCUGUUAGCGGAAAGCCUCAAUAUCGAGGAUAACGCGGGGCAGUUCUUUAGCAGUGGUCAUACUAACAACUGGGCUGUUCUGGUGUGCACAUCCAGAUUCUGGUUCAACUACCGUCAUGUGGCCAAUACUCUGUCUGUGUAUAGAAGUGUUAAGAGGCUGGGCAUCCCUGACAGCCACAUAGUUCUGAUGCUGGCCGAUGAUAUGGCAUGCAACCACAGAAACCCCAAACCCGCCACAGUGUUUAGCCACAAGAACAUGGAGCUGAAUGUGUAUGGUGACGAUGUGGAGGUGGACUACAGAGGAUACGAGGUAACCGUGGAGAAUUUCUUGCGGGUUUUGACAGGAAGGCUUCCACCCAGCACUCCCCGCUCCAAACGCCUCCUCUCUGAUGACCGCAGCAACAUCCUCAUAUACUUGACAGGCCAUGGCGGGAAUGGUUUCCUGAAGUUCCAGGACUCUGAGGAGAUUAGUAAUGUGGAACUGGCUGAUGCUUUUGAGCAGAUGUGGCAGAAAAGAAGGUACAAUGAGCUGCUCUUCAUCAUUGACACCUGUCAGGGUGCCUCUAUGUAUGAGAGGUUCUACUCUCCGAACCUCAUGGCUCUGGCCAGCAGUCAAGUUGGAGAAGACUCCCUGUCGCACCAGCCAGAUUUGGCCAUCGGAGUCCAUUUGAUGGACCGUUACACCUUCUACCUGCUGGAGUUCCUGGAGGACAUCCAUCCUGCGAGCAAAACCAACAUGAAUGACCUGUUCAAAGUGUGUCCCAAGAGUCAAUGCGUGUCCACUCCGGGCCACCGUACCGACCUGUUCCUGAGGGACCCUGGAAGUGUCCUCAUCACAGAUUUCUUUGGUAGCGUCCGCAAAGUGGAGAUCACCAUGGAGACUAUCAACUUGACUAAUCCCAUCGAGCAAUUGGAAGAGAAUGCUGUGAACGGAGAGCUGCAAAAAGAGAUGCACUCAUAUGCAGACCAGCUGCCAGUUUCUGAGAUCAUCCAUCAGAAACCAAAGCAGAAAGACUGGCAUCCUCCUGAUGGCUUCAUCCUGGGCCUGUGGACUCUAAUCCUCCUGGUGUUUUUCAAGACCUACGGCGUAAGGCACCUCAAACACAUCUUCUGAGGCCUCAGCAUUUACGCUGCUGGAUACGUGAUGACUUGAAGCUGCAGACCUGAAGAGGGAAGGUGCAGUUUGUGACGGGCUUAUUUUCCUGAAAAUACAAAGAAGAUGUAUGGCACCACAACGGCUUGUCCAGAUACUGUGGGAUGCUGUUGGUGCCUUUUUUGUUUUCUUUUUUUUUUUUUUUUUACUUUUACUUUGGGAUGACUGCUCUCCAUUGGUGAAAUGUAAACAUUGGUGAAUUAUUUCAUUUGUGACAAGGAAGAAGGGACAAAUACUUCAAAGUGGUGCAUCAAAUAUGCAAAGCCCCUCCUCUCCAUGAGCAUACCACUAGCGGUACUGCCAUUUUAAACAGUUUUCUUAACUGUGUCUUUUUUGAAGGACUGAAACUUAUUUAUUUUUUUUGUGUCAAAAGUUCUGUUUUGUCAAGCCAUUGCAUAAUCGAGUUGAUUUGGUUAUAAAUGCACUGAAUUGAGUCUGCAGAUAAGAAUUUAAUUUAUUUUCAAGAGCACGCUGCUCUGCAUAUUUCAGCAGCAGCCUUUUUGUUUAAGUGCUACUCAGAACGUCCGCUCGGUCAGAAAAGGAAAAUGUGGGAUGAGGGCAGGCUGAUUGGCUGUGAGUGGGCCGUGGAGAGAUUACUAUUUAAUGUCUCCACUGUCCAUAUACAUUACACCCCUUGACCGUCAUAUCACGCUUGUGAAGGAUAACAAUCGCACAUAAUCCCAUCUCGCAUGAUGGACCCAUCCACUUUCCCAUUCACCAAAUUGCCCUCCCUGUGGAAACAUCCAUUAGCUCCCCAGCCUUGUACUCUGCUGAUUGUAUUUCUGGGUGAUGGACAGCUAUUUCCCCGGCCAUUCUGCGUCUCGCGCUACAGCAGCGAUAAGUGAGUGAUAACCUAGUAAGCUGCCGGCUGUCCCAAAUGAAUCUUGUCUAUGCUGGGACGUGUUUUCCCCUUCUUUUUUUUUUUUUUUCUCUUCUCUGCCUUUCUCUUUAUGUGCAACCACUCUGCAUUAGGCUCAUUGUUGGGGGGGGGGGG